CUCCGCCAGGGCACCAUGGCUCCCCGAGGCUGUGGGCCCAGCGAAGCCCCUUCAAAGAAAAGGCCCCCGACUCCCAAACUCGUGUUUAACAGAGUGAAUGGCAAGAAGCCCCCAGUGACGGCCCAGCCCACGGCAGCCCACGAGGAGAGCUACACACUGGCCCACGAGGAGAACGUCCGCUUUGUCUACGAAGCCUGGCAGCAGGUGGAACAGGAGCUGGAGGGCAGCCGGCCCGGGGAGAGUGGGCGUGGCCCGGUGCAGUACGCCGAGAAAACUCCCAGCCCCACGCUGACAAAUUUCGUGCCGAUCGACCUGGAGGAGUGGUGGGCGCAGCAGUUUCUCGCCGCAAUUGAAAACGGCUCAUGAACACGCCAGCCGCGGGGCCGGAGAAAACGAAGCGAAAGAAACGGGGGCUAGAACAAGCGCCGGCG